AUGCACGCAGUAACUACUGGCAGGAAAAAGAUCUUAGGCGGAUGGUAUCCUUUUCCGAUUGAUAGAUAUCCUUAUUACGAAGCUAUAUACGUUGUUGAAUCAAUACUCAAUAUCUGGGGAGCACUUUUUUUGGCAGUUUACGUUUGCCUUUUCUAUCAAGUCCUGAUGUGUCUUUACGCCCAGUUUUCUGUUUUAGCUUAUCACGUAUCGACACUAAAAUUUAGUUCUAUAGGUGAUGGUAAAGAGAUGGGAUCUACCAACACUAAACUUUAUGAAGAUCUUUACAAAGCACUUAAAGAGCAUCAAAAACUUUUAAGGUAA